AUGACUACUUCCUCCACAUAUGUCGAUGAAUGUGUUGCUGACUCAACGAACCUGCUCAGAUGCGGGGGCGUAGCCCCGGGAUUGAAAGUAUGUUUGCACAUUGCGAGGAACGAAAAUGAGGUAAGCAGUCUGAGGGCACCAGCACAACGUUUUCCACAGUGUUUGGCAAAGGAAUUUCAAGCCACUGCUGCUCGCCGAGCCGCUUGUACUCACUCUGUUUAUUCGCUGAACCUCGCGACCUCUCCCUCUCUUCGACGGCGACAACCGCGCGACGUUCUCCAUGCUUCUCGACUACUCGACUACAACAAGGAGAUCUUGAUGGGAUUGAGUGUGCAAAGUAGAAAUCCAGAAGUCCUCUGGGAGUGUCGGCAGCACAUCGCGCGAGGUCUUGUGUUUGCGAAGCUUUUUCAAUUCCGCCCUGAUCGUGAGCACCUAUCGCUUUCGUGCCGUUUCCAGGCUAUUCAGCGCCACACUGCCACUAAACGCACGUAA